AUGUCACACAAUAAAAUUCCAGAAAAGUUUCAAUUAUUAUUAGAAAAUGGUGAAAAUAUAUUAACUAGGGUUUAUAAUACAAGAUUAUUAUUUCAAAAUAACAAGGUGAAACCAUCAUUCAUUAUCGAUGAAAAGAUAUCAAAGAUUUUAAAGAAUUUAAUUGCCAAGUAUCCAGAACUCCCAGAAAAUAAUGACAAAUCAAUUCAAGGUUUUGAUUUAUUAACAUCACGUGCUAAACAACAUCUUGAAGAGUUAGAAGAUCAUUAUUACACAUUAACAGAUGCAUUCGAUUGGAAAGAGGCAGCAUUCCUUCUCUUACAAGAUAUCGCAACCAACACUGUUGCAAUCAACUUCACCAACAACAUUCAAUUAUGCAGCAAAUUCUUAGAUUUACUUGUACUCUAUGGUAAAGUUAAUUAUAUGGUUUCAUUGGUUACUGAUAGAAAGAUUAUUACAGCCGUUUAUGCAAAGUUAUUCCUUUAUACCCGUAGUGCUAGCGAACCAACUUAUUCAAGAAUGAGCAAAUGGAUCAACGAAUUUGAAAAUCCAAUUAAAAAGAUUCAAGAAGAAUUCCGUGCUAUCAACGAUUCAAUUGGUCAAGCUCUUUUCUCUUUUGAAAGUACUUAUGCUAAACGUCGUGUUAUCACUCAACUUCGUAAAGAUGGAGCCCUUAAUCUUAUCUUGAAACCUGAAGAUAUUGCUCGUCCAGUUCAAGAUCAAUAUCGUAUUGAAUUAGCAUAUGCUGGUCAUAUUUAUCAAUGGAUCCUUUAUGGUUAUCUUUUCGCUCCAGGAUGUUUAACUACCCAAAAUUCAAUUGAUUUAGCCAAAUUUGUAUUAUCCGAAGGUUUUUAUUUACCUGUCUAUAAAGAAGUUUCAAUUUCAAUUCACAAUGAAUUUAAUACAUUAUUUAAGAAUUAUAAGAGCAAAACUAUAAAUUUACAAAAACAAAAAAAGAUUGUCAAAGAAGCUGCUCAAGCAUCAACUCAAGAGGCACCACGUAAACAUGCUGAAAGAAGAGUUUAUAUUAGACAAGAAUUAGAAGCUAUGUGGAAUCUUUUUAGAGAUAAGCCAUGUUUAUUAGCUCCAAAGAUUAAUGUACUUUUAGCAGCUCUUUCAAUGGCAAAGGAAGAAAUCUUUUGGUAUUUCCGUCACACUGAUGUUACACCACCAGAAAAAGUAAAGAAAUUCUAUAACAAACAAAAUGAAGUUAGAGAAAGAAGAAUUGCUUCAUUAUUAUCAUUAAUUUCACAUUUGGUUCAAUUGGUCCAAACCCAUAAAAAGAUGAUUCAAAAUUAUUAUGUUGAAUAUAUCGCAGGUGCUGAUAUUUUAGGUUUAUCAAAAGUUAUUACACCACAACUUUUAAAUACAGCAGGUUCAGUUGUAACUCAACAAAUAAACACAAUUCUUAAUGAAUUGAAAUCUAUUACACCAGGCCAAGAGUACAGAUUCGAUAACUUUAGAGCCAAUUGGAUGAGAUUGGGUUAUUUAUUACAAUCAAACUCAUGUCCACUUAAAGAAAGCGAAGCAAAACAAAUCACUUCACGUUUAAAUCUUAUCUACACUCACAGUAAGAAUGUCGAUUGUUUAGAUCAACUCUUAGACGAAUAUGGCAAUCUUACAGGAUUAUGGUCAUUCAAAGAUCAAUUAUUAAAUGGUGUCUUUGAUCAAGCAAUUGUCGAUAUGUCUGCAGAUCAACCAACUCAUUCAAUGAUUUUCUUAAAACUCCUCUCACAAUUCCCAAAUAAUGCCACCCAAUUCUAUCCAGAAGAAAAAGAACUUAUUGGUAAAGAGUGUGUUAACUUUGCUAAUAGUUACCUUUCAAAGAUUACCAAUCGUAUCGUCUCUAUUCUUGGUAAUAGUGUUGCCCAAACAUUUUUAUCUAAUCAACAUCAAUUGGAUGAUGUCAAUGCUGCUUUCCCAUUAUUACAAAAGAAGAAAGAUUGGAAACCACCAAAAGAUUUUGUCCCACCAAUCGAACCAUCCAGCGAAUCACAAUUUAGACAUAGAGCCAAUUUAGAAAACCUUCGUAACGAAGAAAAGAAUGCCUAUCAACUUUGCAAUGCUCUCAACGAGUUCCUCGAAAUUGUAAUCUAUGAUCAUGUCUUUAUUCCAAGAGAAUUCCUUCGUGAAAAAUUAGGAAAUACCUUAAAACAAUAUAUGCGUCAAUCCAUUCAACCACCACAACCAACUUCAUCACAAAUGGACGUCAAUAUUCCACGUCUUGGUCAAUACGAAUCAAAUCUUCGUGUUUUCAUUGGUGUUUUAGUAUUUGUCGAAAACUAUGUAGAUAUUGAUAUUGGUGAUCUCAUCCGUCAAACUAUUCUUACUGAAUUCUAUGCUAAAGCUUUAGGUAAGAGUGGUCGUGUUGAUUGGUUCCCAGAGGGUGAAAUCGAAAUGAAUGAUCUUACCCUUUCAACUAUUACCAAUUAUUAUGUUGAUUUGGUUUCAAAGAAACUCAAUGUACCAGGUGUUGUAUACUCUCCAGUCAAAUUAGGUUUUAUUUCUAAAGCUGGUACUCCAUUCCGUGCUGAAGAACAUGCCGAUCUUUCAGAAAUGCGUGCUCUCUGCGAUUUAGUUGGUCCAUAUGGUCUCAAAGUUGUUGAAAGAGAAAUUUUACGUUUUGUUCAAACUACCACCGCUUCAAUGAAAGAAAUCCUCACAUUAAAUUCAGCCAAUCUCGAAGAAUAUGCUGCAAAUUACUUUAAACCAAAGGCUAUCGAAAUUUUAAAGAGAUUCAAAGUUACUGAUUUCGAUGCUAUUGUUCAAAAAUGUAUUGCCAUUGGUAAUGCCCUUCAUUUAAGAUCUAUGAUGAGAGAGGCAAUGAAAGAUGUUAUCUCUGAAAACCUUCCAUACAUCCACGACAGUGUUUCAAAUGCCUUCAAAGAAUACAACUGUAAUACAUUUAUGUUCCCAGAGUUUUUAGGUGUAGAUACAUUAGCUCUUGAUACUGGUCUUGAUGUUGGUAUCGCCGAUCAAUACUUAAAGGUUAUCCUUAGAAAACUUUCAACAGAAUCCGACAAGAGAGUUUGGGAAUUAUUACCAAUCAUGUUCUCAUUAACCUUCUUUGGUAACAUUUGGAAAGAAGCCCAAUAUAAAGCAACAAUUGAUGCUCACUCUAAUAAUGUUCAUGUAUUAUCUAAAGCCAUUUGUGAUCUUUUAAUUGCUUUUGGUGCCAUCAACUCUACCUCUGGUAAUGAAGCAGAAAUUACAUCAUCAUUAAGCCGUUUCCUUGAAAUCUCAUCAGUUAAUAUUCUUCGUAUGUUUAGAGGUAAACCAAACGAAAAGUUCGUUCCAAAUGAAAUUCAAUCAGUCAUUGUCUUUUUAGAUAAAUUCACUCAACAAUGCCCAUUAUUAACAAAAGAUUCACUCGAGCAAUUUAUUCCAUACUCUCUUAUUAGAAAUAUGUAUAAAGAUUUAUUUGAACAUAAAGUUCAAAAACAACAAGUUGAAACAUCAGAACAAAAUUUUUAA